UGUUUGAUGGGUGGGCAUUUCCUAUGUAACAGUUCAACUGCCUCAAGAUCUCUGCUUAGGUUCAUCUAGAGUGAUUUACUAAGCAAAAUGUUGCAGUUUAGCUUUCUAUUGAUCAUAUGUUUAUGCGUUCAGAGUGCUAUAGCGUCUUCCGUGUUAACAGGAUGCCUGGACCCGACUGUAGUGAACACAGCUGAAGUGGCACUGGACCAGAUCAAUACAGCCAGAAAGGAAGGGUACAUCUUCUUUCUCAACAGAGUGUACGAUGUCCAACAAGAGACAAAGGAGGAAAGCCAAACUCUCUUACACCUGACAAUAGAUGUACUGGAGACAAAGUGUCAUGUGAUCAGCAGAAGGAACUGGAAGUCAUGUGAAAUAAGAGAUAUUGGAGAUGGUCCUGUGUUUGGAACAUGUGAUGUAACCGUCUCCAUUCAGACCAACAUCAUUGUUCAGAACUUUACCUGCACCAUCCAACAAGUUCCAGGACACGCCAUAAAUCGUGUUUGUCCAGACUGCCCAAUAUCACUGAGCCUAGAUGAUUCUAAUGUGGCAAAGGCAGUACAUCUUACACUUAAAAAAUUCAACACUCAAAAACACUCUGCUAAUUACUUUGCUCUCUUGAACAUAACCAGGGCGAGCAUGCAGUGGGUUGUUGGUCCAGCCUACUUUGUGGAGUUCAUCAUACAGGAGACAGACUGUGCCAAAACCUUGUGUGAUACUGAGUUGUCUAAGUGCAAACCAAGCAGUGAGACAUCUCCAAAGGGCAGCUGCACUGGGUCACAUGUUGAUGGAAGAAACCAUCAGACUUCUAUACAUGUCAAAUGUUCAAUCUAUGAAUUGGACCAUGCUUCAGACAACCAGAUUUCAUCUCCAAACAUUGAAACCCCUUCUGGACUGGUGCAUGUUCUUCCCCCUCCAGCUCUCCCUAUGCCUUCAAGGGUCUUACCAACUGCUACCAAUUGUCCUGGUGUAAGGAAUCACAGUCUUCACCUAGAGACAAUGGAUAUCUGAUCAAAAUGCCAUUUCAACCUGAAGCCUUCUUCACCCUGUCAGCAUAGAUUAUGAAAAAACUCAUGACAAAAAAUAAUUUGGAUAGUUCUGUUACAGGUCUUUAACAGCAUACACAGCUGAUUAUAUCAUAAGAAGGAAUAUAGUAUGUAGCCUACAAUAAAGCAUGUUUGAAAAGUG